CGCCGCACGACUCUCAGUCGGAAGACGCCGCCGCCGACGCCACCAUGACCGCCGCUGCAGUCACCCACAACAACCAUAACAAUGCCUCAACGGAGAAGCCCGUGGCUUUCGAGGAAGCAGUUUCUUUAACAGGGCAGGGCCGCUUCCACUGGGUGCUGCAGCUGGUGUGCGGCGUGUGCCUGGCCACCACCCUGGUGACGAUGCUCAGCACGGGCUACGCGCUGCCCUACGCCCAGUGUGACCUCCGGCUCGCCACGCAGGACAAGGGCAUACUCAACGCUAUCUGCUAUAUCGGCAUGCUGUGCAGCUCGCACCUGUGGGGCUACCUGGCGGACACGCGCGGCCGGCGCACCGUGCUGCUGCUGACGCUGGUGGCGGAUUCGGCGUGCACCGUCCUCUCCAGCUUCUCGCACUCCUUCUGGCUGCUGCUCAUCUUCAGGUUCUGGAACGGCUUCUUCAUCUGCGGGGCGGCGGCGGUGGUGUUCGCGUACCUGGGCGAGUUCCACGGCUUGGCGACCAGGGCGCGGGCCGUCGUCUGGCUGGGCGUCUCCGUCGCCGUGGGCACCAUCUGCCUGCCAGGUCUGGCGUGGCUGGUGAUCCCCAACAGCCACUGGACGCUGGCGCUGGGCCCGCUGGAGUACGGGCCGUGGCGCAUCCUGCUGCUGCUGUGCGCGCUGCCCGGCCUGCUGGCGGCGCUGCUCAUCUGGGCGCUGCUGCCGGAGAGCCCCAAGUUCCUGCUCGCCACCGGCCGCAACCACCACGCGCUCGACGUGCUGCGGCUCAUCUUCGCCACCAACACCGGCAAGGACCCUCUCGACUUCCCCGUGCGGUCUCUGCAGCUGGACAGCCCGCCGCGGCCCUCGGUGGCGUCCCUGGAGGCUGGCGGCCUGUCGACGUCCGCCAAGAGCACCGGCCGGAUGGCCCUCGAGGUGGCGAAGAGUAUGUGGCGGCAGACGGCACCGCUCUUCUCACGGCAGCACGCCUGUAACCUCGCCGCCGUCUGCGUCAUCGACUUCGCCAUCUUCGCAUGCUCGAACGGGUUCCUGCUAUGGCUGCCGGAGCUGUUCAGCCGGCUGUCGUCGUACGCGGCGUCGCACCCCUCCCUCAACGAGACGCUGACCGUGUGCCAGGUGGUGGCCGCCGCGGCCGCGGAGGCGCACGCCGCGCGCUACUUCGAGCCCUGGCUGCUCGCCGACGGUAACCCAGACGUGGACGUGGACGUGGACGCCGCGCCGGCCGCCCUCGCCACGCUCGCCCCGGGGUCUGACGGCUGCACCGCCGACGUCGACGUCAGCGUCUUCAGCAACACGCUCAUCAUCGGCGCUACCACCGCCGCCGCCUACAUACUCGCCGGAUACGCCGUGCCUUUCGUUGGGAAGAAACGCCUCCUGGUGCUGAGCACGCUGCUGUCGGGCUGCUGCGGCAUCGCGCUGCACUGGGUCGGCUCCCAGGACACGGUGCUCGCGCUGGCCUGCCUCUUCAUGGCGCCCGCCACCAUGUGCAUAUCCGUCGUCAACAGCAUCGUCGUCGACCUCUUCCCUACACAGAUAAGGGCAAUGGCAGUCUGUCUGUCACUUAUGAUGGGACGACUUGGAACCGCACUUGGAAGCGUCUUCAUUGGUUCUAUACUUGAGAUCUCCUGUUCAUCAGUGUUCUUCAUUCUCAGUGGUAUUGUGAUUGGUUGUGGACUGCUGGCGCUGACUCUCCCAAACCAUCCAAAAGAUAUGUCAGCACCUGUACUACAGUAAAAUGUCAGUGACCAACACCUGUACUCUGGAGAUAUGUCAGUGACCCUUCUAUUGAUGCCUAAAAGUCUGUAUGGAAUGUCAUCACAGAUAAACAGUUUGAAACAUCAUAAACUUGAUUAGCAAUCAUAUUUAUCAUUUUCAUUUAUUAUACUGUAUGAGAUUCGAAAACUGUGAUAAAAUCUCUCAUGUAUUUACUUUAACAUCUUCAUAAUUGUUGAGGAUGAGGAGAUGUGGGUAGACAUGAAAAAAGGUGAAAUGGUCCAAGGGAAUGAAUUGUCAUGAAACGUAACAUUAACUGUAGCUGCAAAGACAGCUGAGAAAGUAAGAAAAAAUAUACUUGAGAGUGUUCUUAAACUUUUAUUGGCAUAAGACUGGAAUAAAGCGGUUAAUGAUAAUGGAACCAAGCAAUGCUUGUUAAUAGAAGUAGGAGCAAACAUUACAGACUGAAACUAAAAUUAAAUUCCAUCCAAGAGACCUCGGAAGGUCCAAAGCUACUGACUGACCACAGUGUCAUCCUCAGUCUGAGGACAUCAUUGGGUGUGGGGCAUGGGGUCAGAAAAAUGUCAUGGCUGCUGUCAAUUUUUCUGAUCUGGCAAACAUUACAAACAACAAAAACAAAUUUUAGGAGCAUAUGUAGUGUAGAAAUAAAAUGAUUGGAUUCAGUGAAUGCAGGAAAAUAACUACUGCCUUACAGAAAGAUAUCAAACAUGAUACCAUAUUUACAGUUUUUGAGAGGAUGUUGAAUAUUGGAGAGGCAAGGAGACAAAAUAAUGUAUUAAGGCUACAGAUUAUCAUAAGUGGAGGUGAAAUCUUUCAAAACUUGGGAGAAGUAGAUUAUAAAUACUACAAUCCAAGAGCAAAACUCAAAGUUACAAAAACAUACUCAACACUGAAACUUAUUUCCUUAACUUAUUUUCUGUUUUCAAUUCAUUAAAUCUUGUCAAUGUCUGUUGAUUUUUAUACUUUAGAGUCCUAAGGGACAUAUCCUAAUUUCCACAUCUGUUUGACCUAACCUCUCUACAUGCCCCAGGAUAAGAAAAUCUGUUUACAGGAGUGUGAGAUUAUCAAUCUCUCUUUAAUAACUUUAUCACUGUCAGAUACAUUAUAAUUCACUUUCCUACUAAAAAAUACGCCACUGUCAUAUUUCUACUGUUGCUUUCAUUCUCUAUGUUCAUUUCAGUACUGACACUAUACAGCUGAAGGUGAAGCUAGUGCAUAUGAUAACUGACGGAAAUGUGAACAAUGAUCCAACAAUAAUUUUCCUGACCACUGUCCUUUGAUUUUUGUUUGAUGUUCUCUUGGGAUAAGUAUUUGGUCCUGCAUGACUGUUUAGAAGUGAGACUUCCUGUUAUUAUCAGGUAACUGCUAUAAAUAGUGAGCUGGUGCAGUGGGGGUGACCUUGCAUAAAUGUGUUCUACUCAGCUGUAAUGGCAAAAGAGUGGCUGACACAAUGUGUGUGGCACUAAUCAGUUGAAUUGCAACUUCAUACUGAAAACUUAAUAUCCCUGUCUUACUAAGCAAAAUAGUUUGAGAAAAGGAUUGUUUGAGUCCCAUUAUUUCUUUUAUCAUCAACAGCAAGAUCAGCUUGAGUGCUCUGCACAUCUCCUAAAAUGUACCUAUCAUUUGACCUGCAUACACUUUAAAAUAUUGGCAGAGGCUAUGAUAAAAUUUAGGCUUGUAGAGAAUGAAGUCAUCUUUGAUAAAUCCUAAUCAUUUCCUGCUCCUUGGAAGUUGAGCAAAAGCACCUGAUAUCAUUCUAGGAUCCACCUGAACUUCUUGAAUACACUACACAUGAAUGCAGUGCAGAGUUAUGCCUUUAUAGCAUAUUCAUUACUCUGUUGUGGUGUGGAAACUGCUGCCACAAAUUGUGUUAUAUUUGGUGCCUAAAUGUUACCUUUAAAUGUUUGAACACUGCUGGUAAGAUAUUUUUACUCUCAAUAUUUCCUACUACAAGAAGUAACGUGUAGAAGUUUCCAUCACUUGGUGACUGCUAUGUGCAUGUAAAUAUAAAUCAGUGCAUGUAGAUGUUCUAUACACACUGUGUUCCAACUUGCCAUCAGCUUUUAGUCUCAUUAGUACACCAAUCAUCAGUCAUCAGUUAUGUUACAUAUACAUGGUAGAUGUAUCAUCUACCUAGCGGUAGAAACAUGUUGAUUUUAGAUCUUCUAUUUCAAACCCUCUAACUCUGAACCCCUUAUGUCAUGACUUUUGAGAGCUUCCUCUUUGAGAAGAAGCUGUAGCCUAAUGGUGAAUUUCAGCAUAGUGCCCUUUCGCAGCAGCCAUUUGGGGCGUCAAUAAAUCACAGUGUUGGGAAGUUUGCAGACAUAUAGACUAAACUGUCUGAACCAGUAUUUAUUGCUAGCUUCCAUCUGCCUGACAGCAGCUACUAUGACAUGGAAGAUAUUACUAUGGGAUGUUCUCUGUCUCAUGUGGUAGCAAACUUAUAUACAAGGCCUAUUCAGAAAGUAAUGUCCAGUGAGUCACAAAGUGGAAACCACAGUGAAAAUUAAAAAAUGUUUUAUUUGCAACAGUUAGCUACACCUUCCACCUAUUUCUCUAUGUAGUCGCUGCUCCAGUAUGUCAUGUCAUUGUACCAACUUGCCAAUCCCUUCGUCACAGAAGGCAGCUGCCUGUGCUUUCUGCAAAUUCUCUAUGCUGAUCAGCAGCUGUUGUCUGUGCCAGAAUGUUGUCUUAAUAGGCAGCGGUUCAUGUGAGUAAAGAUGAAAAUCAGAGGGAGCCAAGUCCUGACUGUAUGGUGGGUGAUGAAAUAUUUCCCAUCGAAAAUUUUGCAGGGGUUUCCUCAUAGCCUCUGCACUGCAUGGUCAAAAUGGCAUGAAGAAGAAAAUGAAUGACAGUUAUGUUGUAUGGGUUAUAUAAAAUGAGGCGAAAUCUCUCACAGGCACUCAUACUUGGUGGGAGACACUAUUUUCAAGGCAUCAUUACAUUCUCACUUUGCAUUCAGGACUGAUAUGAGCAGUGUGAUGUGAUCAGUGGUCAUGCUAGAGACACUGACCAACAGAGUUAUGGAAAUAUUCAUGGGAAUUUCACUGUGGUUUCCAUUUCAUGAUCAAUGGGACCUUAUUUUCUGAAUAGCCCUCUUAUGUGGAGGAUCUGAAAGAGAAGCAGAACAUAAAUUUUGAAGGCAGUUGUUGAACUGCCAGUGAUAUGAUGCAUCAAACAGAAUAAUCAACAGUAAGAGAAGGUGGUCAGUAAUGUUAGACCAAGUGGUGAUUGGUGGAAAAUCUUAGGAGACUAUAAUUGUGUGUAUGUAAUAACUGAAAUAGCAGAAAUUGGUGCUCAAAGCAAAACAUAUUAGGCACAUAAUACAAGAAGAAAUUUUGAGUAGACUGAAAGAAGACAAGGGGUACCAUAAUACAAUAAAGAAUGUAAAUAUAGUACUUUUUUCCAAUUUAAAGACAAAAAAUUUCAAAGAAAGUGCUUUCCGGAGCAAUUAUAAUGUUAGAAAAUGCCCAUAAAUAUUGAAAAGAAAGCUGAAGCAAUUCGUGACAUACUUUAAAACAGAGGGAGAAUGUUAUAAGUGGAUUGCUUCUGUGAUGUCUGCAACAAUAACUUGAACUUCACUGCCAAAGGACUGCAAGGAAAAAAUGAGCAAUAACUAUAUAGUUAAGAAUAAGUCCUACAGUUUAGGUAGAUUCAUAUUUCAAUGAAUUUACUCAUUUAUUUUGAGUAAGAGGAUGUGUUAAGGUAGAAAGAUGACAGUGUCAAUAAAAUAUCUUAAACUAUGUAGGUUUAAUUUGUAGCUAUCCAUUACAGGACAAAAAUACAAUUGUGUAGCUCUUGUUCAGAAAAUUUAUUAAUUUAUUUUUUGCGUUACAUAAAUCCUAACCUUAAAGAGAAGCUUUAGGGAUGUGGUGUAAUUAAAUGUAUAUAUAUUUACAAAAGAGAAGCAGGAAGCUAUGUUGACAAUAAACUGUACAUAAAACUAAUACAAGUGCUUGUACUUACACAAGCUAAAUUAGCAACAAACCUGAUACAAUUAUGGAAACAAAAGUAUCUGUUUAUCUCCUACUGAUUUUUUCAUGUUUCAAAAGACCAUAUCAGUAAUUGUCAAAAAUAAAUUACCAAUAUUUUCAAAGUCAUUUAAAAUUAUCAUAAGAAUUGUAACUGUACUUAUUCAACAUCUCAUAUGUCAGUGUUUAACAUAACAUGAGGAAUUUUGCUUCUCCUUUACACAAUUUUAUGAGCUGUUAAUAACAAGUACCUACAGUAUUUUUGACAUAUUGACUUGAUCUUUAUAAUAGAUUAUUCAAAUUAAAUAUGGCUGCUCUAAUAAUUGACAGAGAGAUGAAAUGGGGAGAAACAAAUAACUAAUAAUGUGACUUAGAAAAUGUUCAACAUACUUCAAAACUCUGAGGAAGAAACAUAUCACUGCUUUCUGGACAUAUCCCAGUGUUAUUGAGAGAAAAUGACAGGAUAGUCACUGUGGAAGAACUAAUUUCUUUCAGGAGUCUGAACUUGCACUCUAAUGAUACCAUCAUCAGUAGGACGUUGAACACUAGUUAUCCUUCCUUAUGGAAUUAUCAAACAAUCUGAAUAACUUCAAAUACAGUAUAUCUUCUAAGAUGAGGCUAGGCAGAGUUUACAGAAAGUAAACAUAUUUCAUUCUCAGGAAAAAUACAUGAUGGAAUCAAAAUUUAAUAUUUUUUGUGAGUGUUUUAACAUUUACAGAGGUACUGAAAAUGAUUAUAAAAUACUUAAUGGAACACUUUUGUUUCAAAAUUAUGAUACUUUUAUAUUCUCUAGUAAUAACUAUUUAACCUGACGGAUGGACAGUACAUUUUUAUACAAAUUUUUCUUACAAUAUAGACUACUUUUAUGCUACUUCAGUUUACACAACCAGAUCUGAAGUAAUGUCACUCAAGGCAUAUGACUGACAUGUUCAGGAUGGGUUCUGUAAUCCAUUUUAUUUGAUCAUAAUUAUCAAAUAUUCACUACUGUGGUUCACUUCAGUGGAAACAUUCUGAAGUAACAUUCAGAAUGCAUGCUUUCAACAUUGCCCUGUGAAGUAAUUCAUCACAGUCAGACAACACACUUUUCUUGUACCUAAGUAAACAGUGAAAGCCACAAUCUAACAUUGUCAAUAUACUGUACCUUGAUGUAAGUAAUUGCAUUAUCUUUACAUGUUAAAGUUGUUAAAACCAGUAACUUUGAUGCAUUUUUAAAAGAAGUGCUCUAGUCUCAAGAAGUACAAACCACAAUAAAUAAGAUCAUGUUUUAAAUAAAGAUACCCUCUUGUCCUCCUAUGGAGGGAAUGUGGGCCCGCUUCUGUACCCAAAUGUUACUGGGUGUAGGGAACAAUGACAAUCAUGACAUGCAUGUUACAAUCUCAAUUUUAAAUGUCAAGGGUACUAAUUUACCUGUUUGUAAAGGUUUUACUUUGUGAAAUUUUCAUAAAGUUGUUGUGACUUUUAGAUUAGUAUUAUUUUGAGAUCUGAUGUAUUUCACAUAAUGUAAUAUGAAUUGUC